GGCCAUACCACCACGGCUGCUCGUCGUCACUAUCCACGGCCACACCACCACCAUGCUCCUCCGCGCGUCCCGCUCCCUCCGCCCCGUCGCCCUCCUCGCCCGCGGCAACGCGUCUCUCGCAGCACCCGCUGCCCCGCACCACCCCCACCACUCGCCUGCCGCCCGUGUGCCCCCUCCCCCGCCGGGCGUCGAGGUCGACCCCCAGCUUCACGGAUACCCCCAGCUCCCAGAGGUGUCGCUGCAGCUCCGGGAACCGUUCGGAUGGUGGGACAUUCAGGAGCGCAAGAACUUUGACGAGGUGGUCUUGGAGGAGGAGGACCGCCUCGGCAUGUGGGGACCGGACGUGCACAAGAUUGGCGGCGGCCCCGCGCUCGUUGCGCUGCUGUCUGCGCUUGGCCUCGUCGGCGUCUUUGGCUGGUUCGUCUCGCAGAACACUCUUCCUCUGCAGGCCGCGCGCCGCACCUACCCCCACGGUGGGCUCGAGAAGGCGCUUGGAGGAUAUGCUGCGCGCAAGGAGGAGGACGAGGUCGAGGAGUAGACAAGAUGCAGAACAUGGCUAGAUU